AUGGAGGCACAAGAAGAGCAUGGCAUCGACGUCCCGCAGGUCAUCAUUGUGGACAUGGCUACUGGCACAGAAUCGGUUGGAACCAGGUGGACAAGUGAGGCCUCUGCAGUCCAUGCACUACCUGUUGGUGGCAGUGACCCACUAGCUCUCUUCAACUCUAUCCCCCCACUUGCCAACAAGUAUGGCUGGGUUGGCGGUGUCACAGGUACAUUGGGCCAAUCACAUUGUUUUGACUUCUACGCCAAGGUCUACAACUCACGAUGCUCCUUUCAGCUGCCGCGGAAUGUUCCCGGAUGUAUCUACCAGCUGAGGCCAAUCAUCUCCCGCUCCAGUGCGCAGUGGCUUCGAAACAUCGAAAAGUAUAUACUGAGCUGUACCUCAACGGAGAUCUGUUCGAGAGCAUCACGGCCUGUGCUGGUAAUCACAGAGACUAUUCUGAAAGCCGAGCAGGUCUCAAACCACUUGAAGGCUGCCGGGUAUCCGAUCAUGAAGCAAAAUCGCGAGGGCAGGUGGUCUCAUGAGGGCGGAACUGCAACGAACAGUGCUGCCCAUGUCUUCCCCUACGUCAAGUCCAGCCCUGAUGCGUCCAUCGUCGUAGCGUCUAACAAGGGUGGGCGUGGACUGGAUCUGCUCGACGGGAGAUGCCCUCCAGGUUGA